UAUGUGUCAAGACUUUUUCACCUGCAAGAGUUGUUAGCAAGUUUGAAUGUGACAUAUUUGGUCAAUUACUUAUUAAGGAAGUUAUUUGAGCCUGUAAAGCUAGUUACUGGUCACAAUUCCUAUAUAAUAUAUGAUGCUCGGGGCAUUCUUUUUGCUAUCAAACUACCUUAAACAUGCCUAGACCAUCUGUAUCAGAGACUUCAUGUCGUAAAUUUUCACUUCAUGAGAUCAAAUCCGCCACAAACAAUUUCUCCACUAACUUGAUCAUUGGUGAAGGCUCUUUUGGGAUUGUGUACAGAGCCAAAAUUGCUAUCCAAGGAAAAACAACAACUGUUGCUGUGAAAAGAAGGAAUUCUGACUCCAAGCAGGGGUCAAAUGAGUUUUGGACAGAGGUAGAGCUACUGUCACAGAGCCGACACACGCAUCUCAUAUCUCUCAUUGGCUACUGCGAUUACCAAGAUGCCAAGGAAAUGAUACUUGUGUAUGAGUAUAUGCCAAAUGGAACGCUUGCUGAUCAUAUAUACAAGAAAAAGCGGAAUUCAUCUGAUCUGUGUUGGGAACAACGUCUAAAGAUAUGCAUAGGUGUUGGCCGUGGAUUGGAGUACCUUCACACUGGCACAGGAAGUAAUCAAAUAGUUGUUCACCAUGAUUUGAAGAGCUCCAAUAUUCUGAUAGACGCGGAUUGGGCAGCUAAAAUAUCAGAUGUUGGUUUAUGCAAGAAGUAUUUCAGCAACCACGCUGAUACUCCGAUUAGUGCUAGCGUGAAAGGUACACCUGGGUAUAUGGAUCCUCACUAUCGGAAGACAAAAGAGCUAUCAACAAAGACCGAUGUGUAUGCGUUUGGUGUCGUGUUACUGGAAGUGCUCUGUGGUAAGCGGUCAUUAGAUUUUGCAGUGGCUGGUAGGCCAAAGAAGCUAUUACCAUGGGCUCCACAAUGCAUAAGAGACGGAUAUGUGGAUAGGGUCAUUGACCGUAGUCUCAAGGGGAGAAUAGCUGAUGAUGGCUUACGUAUCUUUCAGGACAUCACUCUGCAAUGCUUGCAAGAGCGUCCAAAUAAAAGACCUGCUAUGGUGGAAGUUGUGGCAAAGCUAGAAGCUGCUUUGGCAUUACAAAAUCCCCAAUAUUCUUCUUCUGAUGAAGAUGAUUUCAUCAAAGUUUACUUUGGCCAAGUUGACUGUUCAAGCUCUUCAAACUCAGAUGCAGGCUCACUCAGACAUGCAGUUGAGAGUGGGUCGGGUAAAAGUGAUAACGUCAAACAGUUUCCCAGCUCCGAGUCAAACCUCACCACAGUACCUAGGAACUUUGUAAAGUCAAAAUCAUUUUCUGAAAACAAGGCUUUGGGUUUCGCUGCGGCUGAUGUGCAAAGUAAUCAAGUAGAAGCUGGUGUGUCUACGAAUAGCAGUAUGAUGUCUGGAAUAUCUAAUAGCUUGUCUGAGUAUGACAAACUGACUAUGAGAAUGCACCUACCCAGUGCAGUGGUAGAUAAUGAAUCAUGCGAAAAUGCUACUGUCAUAAAGGUUUAUAGUACUAGCACACCCGGAGUGCUAUUAGAACUUCUCCAAGUUCUGACUGAUUUUCAUCUCAAAAUUACUAAAGCUUCCAGAGAUUCUGAUGGAUUGUGGUUUAUGGAUGUUUUCUUUGUUAUUGAUCAAGAAGGGAACAAAGUCACUGAUAAAGACAGAAUACAGAAUUUACAGAAGGUUCUACUUGUAUAUUCAAGUCCCACCUCACCCAUGGGAAGGAAAUGUGAGGAGAGAUCUAUUCCAGCCGGUCACACAACUAUUGAGUUAAUAGGAAACGAUAGACCUGGGUUGAUAUCAGAACUAACGGCUAUACUCAGCGACUUGCAAUGUAAUGUAGUGAGUGCUGAAGUAUGGACCCACAACACUAGACUUGCAGCCGUGAUGCAUGUAAGUGACAAGGAGACAAAAUCACCCAUCAUUGUACCAGAGAAGCUCUCCAAGAUCAAAAAAGUUCUGUUGAUUGUCCUUAAGGGAGGCCGUGAUAAUAGGGAAGCUGUGAUUACAUUCUCUUAUGGGUGUACAUGGUUUGACAGAAGACUUCACCAAAUAAUGUUUGCUGAUAGAUACUACCAAGAUGGGCUGACACUAGAUGAUUAUAGAAGACGAAAAGCAGAUAUUGUUAGCUGGGCUGAUAAUGGUUACUCGGCCAUCAGAAUUCGGUGCAAAAUUACGCCGAAGGUUCUAUUUGAUACCAUUUGCACACUGACAGACCUCAAGUAUUGUGUUUUCCAAUCGAACUUUUUUGCUGAUGGGCCAGAAGCAUACAUGGAAUUUUGGAUCAAACAUCUCGAUGGAUCACCGUUCAAAUCAGAUACAGAGACACAGAAAGUGAUAAAAUAUCUUGAAACAGCAAUAGAGAGAAGAGUUUAUAAGGGGUUGAAGAUCGAGAUACGUACAAAAGACAGAGUUGGGUUGUUAUCUGAUGUCACCCGCAUCAUGCGUGAGAACAGUCUAAACAUUACACGGGCGGAGGUUGCAACUACAGGUGACAAAGCCGUGUUUGCAUUUUACUUGGAUGAUAAUCUGGGAUAUCCUGUAAGUAUGAAGAUUAUAGAGGACGUUAAAAAGGAAAUCGGAGAGAAUAUACUUCACGUCAAAGGCAAACGUACAGAUUCAUAUCAAUCGACUCAGGAAGCUUUAACCAGGUCUUCCUUCAAGGAGGUUUUAAAAACUUUUCUCGGUUGGGUGGGAUUGGCCGAGCAUCAGGUAUUUUCCCUUUUAAAGUAAACCUGCAACAAUGCUUGACGUUUCAUCAAGUAGAUACCUAAUUUAAUAGUUUGCAGGCUGUUACAUGAAAGUAGCUAAUUUGUACAUAGUUUCACUACUAUUUAUUAUUCAUGUGUAACAUCUCAAUAGAUUAUGUUACUAUAAUCUAAUCUAAUGUACAGUAAUACAAAUUCUUUUUGGGCAUAA